UGGAGCCGAUUUCAAUGGCGGGAUCGAGAGAGAGAGAGACAAGAAAACGUAACGAGGAGAUUCAGAUUGGACCAGACUUCGUAGCGAAGAUGAUUGGCCACCGAGAGAAUCGCGAAAGAGGGAGAACGGAAAAUGCUGGAAUCGAUUGGCGGAGAGCUGAAUCAGUACCGUGUAAGGCUACUCCUGGUUUUAUUCGGAUUAGGGCCUUGAAUCCACUUGAAUCUCUCAGGCAGACUGCGCUACCAUGGAUCGCGCCAGUAAGGGCGAGAAGCACUCAGAAUUUUUCACAGAGUAUGGAGAAGGAAGCCGAUACCAUAUUCAGGAAGUGAUUGGGAAAGGAAGCUACGGAAUUGUUGGUUCUGCAAUUGACACCCAAACUGGUGAAAGGGUUGCUAUCAAGAAAAUUCAUGAUGUUUUUGAGCAUGUAUCUGAUGCCAUACGCAUCCUAAGAGAAAUUAAGCUCCUCCGGAUGCUCCAUCAUCCGAACAUUGUAGAGAUAAAACAUAUCAUGCUUCCCCCCUCACAGCGAGAAUUUAAAGAUAUUUAUCUUGUUUUUGAGUUGAUGAAGACUGAUCUUCACCACGUAAUUAAGGAAAAUAAUGAUCUUUCUGCCAAGCAGCAUAAAUUUUUCUUGUACCAGCUUCUUAGUGGCCUAAAAUAUAUACAUGCCGCAAAUGUUCUUCAUCGAGAUUUGAAGCCAAAAAACAUACUUGCUAAUACUGACUGCAGACUGAAGAUAUGUGAUUUUGGACUAGCUCGAGUAUCUUUUAGUGACGCGCCAUCUACUAUUUUCUGGACAGAUUAUGUUGCAACUCGCUGGUAUCGGGCUCCCGAACUCUGUGGAUCAUUUUUCUCGAGAUAUACCCCUGCUAUAGAUAUUUGGAGUAUCGGAUGCAUAUUUGCAGAAAUGCUUUCGGGAAAACCUUUGUUUCCUGGAAAAAAUGUGGCUCACCAGUUAGAUUUAAUUACCGAUCUGUUUGGAACUCCUGAUGCUGAAUCCGUAGCGAAGAUUCGGAAUGAAAAGGCAAGAAGGUACCUGGGAAACAUGCGUAAGAAAACACCAGUUCCAUUCUCACGAAAGUUUCCUAAUGCCGACCCAUUGGCACUCCGUUUACUGGAACGCCUCCUGGCAUUUGAUCCCAAACGUCGUCUAACUGCUGCAGAGGCACUUACGGAUUCCUACUUCAAUGAUAUGACGAAAGCAGAAAUUGAACCUUCUAUUCAACCAAUUUCAAAGCUUGAGUUUGACUUUGAGAGAAAGAGAUUAACAAAAGAUGAUGUUAGAGAGUUAAUUUAUGCAGAGAUUUUAGAGUAUCAUCCCGAAAUGCGUCAGGAGGGCCUACACGAUGGAGGUCAAUCUACCUUUAUCUAUCCAAGUGGUGUUGAUCGAUUUAAACUUCAGUUUGCGCAUCUGGAAGAGAACUUCAGUAAAGGUCAAAGAAGUGCUCCACUUCAAAGGCAGAACGUUUCCUUACCUCGGGAGCGGGUUACUCCACCUGAGCACAAGAACGCAGAGCAUAACAAUGAAUUUGGAAGGGGGGAAGAGAAGAGUGCCCACCUCUUCAAAAGUGCUAGCAUUAGUGCAUCGAGGUGUGUAGGGGUAAUACCGAAGGAGAAGUCUGAGGAGGAAGAAACGAGUUCUGAGGUGAAAAGUGAAGCAGUUGAUGAAUCGACUCAAAAGAUUGCAGUCCUUCAGAGUUGACUUCAUGUUCAUAUAUUUAGCUGCUAAAGACAGGAGGCAGAAGGUGAGAUCUGGUCACCAUUUCCCUGGGAGAAAAAGUGCUCGAUGAGGCAAAUUUCACUUUGGUCCCUUAAGUUUAAUGAACGAACAAGAAGAGUAUGAUUUUGUCCCUCAUCUUUGAACUAUUGAAAUAUAGAGGAAAUACACCCCUUUUCUUGUAAAUAAUAUGCAAAAGUUUGUUCCAUCCAAGUAGAAAGUACUUUCUGAA